CGGACUUUCCAACAACCGAGCCGCGCGGGGGUGACCCGCCGCCGCGCCCGCCUAUGCCCGCGGUAUCCAGCUCCGCCCGGCGCGGCCGCGGAGCGCACGCCUCCUGCCUGCUGACCCUCUCGUUUGGUUUCUCGCAGGCCUCUGCCGCAGACAUGGAGAAACUCAGCGCGCUGCAGGAGCAGAAGGGCGAGCUGCGCAAGCGGCUGUCCUACACCACGCACAAGCUCGAGAAGCUCGAGACCGAGUUCGACUCCACCCGCCACUACCUGGAGAUCGAGCUGCGCCGAGCGCAGGAGGAGCUGGAGAAGGUCACGGAGAAGCUGCGCAGGAUUCAGAGCAACUACAUGGCGCUGCAAAGGAUCAACCAGGAGCUGGAGGACAAGCUGUACCGCAUGGGCCAGCACUAUGAGGAAGAGAAACGAGCGCUUAGCCACGAGAUCGUCGCCCUCAACAGCCACCUGCUGGAGGCCAAGGUGACCAUCGACAAGCUAUCGGAGGACAACGAGCUCUAUAGGAAGGACUGCAAUCUAGCGGCCCAGCUGCUGCAGUGCAGCCAGACGUACGGCAGGGGCCAUAAGGUGUCCGAGCUGCCCUCAGAGUUCCAGGAGCACGUGAGCCUGCACAUGGAGAAGCAAGGCUGCAGCCUGCCCUCCCCGCUCUGCCGCCCGGCCUACGCUGACAGUGUCCCCCCCUGCGUCCUCGCCAAGGUGCUGGAGAAGCCAGACCCCGGCAGCCUGUCCUCCCAUCUGUCGGAUGCCUCAACCCGUGACCUGGCCUUCCGCGACAGGCUGGAAAAGCCGGGCCCCCGGCCCCCCUACAAGGGGGACAUCUACUGCAGCGACACGGCCCUCUACUGCCCCGAGGAGCGGCGCCGUGACCGGCGGCCCAGUGCGGACGGGCCCGUGACCGACGUGGGCUUCCUGCGGGCCCAGAAUUCCACUGACAGCGCGGCCGAGGAGGAGGAGCCCGAGGCGGCGGCCUACCCCGCGGGCUACCGGCACGGGGCCUUCGGGGGCUACGCGGCCUCGCUGCCCACGUCCAGCUCCUACUCGAGCUUCAGCGCCGCGUCGGAGAAGGAGCACGCCCAGGCCAGCACGCUCACCGCCUCGCAGCAGGCCAUCUACCUGAGCAGCCGCGACGAGCUCUUCGGCCGCACGCCGCCGGCGGCCUACGGGAGCGGCCCACGCUAUGCCUCGGCCGCGGCCGCAGUGGCCGCCCCGCUCGAGGCCGAGGCAGCCCCGGGGUUCGCGAGGACUGUGUCGCCGUACCCCGCCGAGCCCUACCGCUUCCCGGUCUCCCCCGGCCCCCAGCCCGCCCUGAUGCCCCCCAACCUGUGGAACCUGCGGGCCAAGCCGGGGUCGGCCCGGCUGGCCGCAGAGGACGUGCGCGGCCAGUGGCGGCCGCUGAGCGUGGAGGACAUCGGCGCCUACCCCUUCCCGGCCGCCGCCGCCGCCGCCCCCGGCCGCGCCUCGCCCGGCGGCUUCAACGACCGCUACUUUGGGGCCGGAGGCGGCCCGGGCGAGAAGGCCGAGGGCCGCGCCAGCCCCCUCUAUGCCAGCUACAAGGCUGACAGCUUCUCGGAGGGCGAUGACCUCUCCCAGGGCCACCUGGCCGAGCCCCGCUACCUCCGGGCGGCCGGCGACCUGAGCCUCAGCCCCGGCCGCUCGGCUGAGCCCCUGCCCAGCUACGCGGCCGGCGAGGGGGAGCGGGAGAGGCUCGGGGUGCAGCUCUGUGGGGCGGGCGGCAGCCCCGAGCCCGAGCACAGCCCCCGGAGCUCCAGGGAUUCCCUGGAGCCCAGCUCCAUGGAGGCCUCCCCGGAGAUGCACCCCGGUGCCCGCCUCAGCCCCCAGCCCGCCUUCCCUCGGACUGGCGGCUCGGGGCUCAGCCGCAAGGACAGUCUCACAAAAGCCCAGCUCUACGGAACCCUGCUCAACUGAGCACCCGCGUGCAGGCCUCGGCCGUGGCCACCCCGCACACCGGGUCCCGAGGGGUGCUGCCUCGCCUCCCUGACACCCAUCCUCCCGGCCCCGCAAACGAGGA